UUUUUUUCUUUUUUUCCCUCUUCCCCCUUGUUGGUGCGUUAGGGACAAACGCGCUAAACCCUGAAACGGCUAGUGCAAACAAUCGGCCUUGGCAUCCGACAUCCCUAUUCUGCCAAUCUUGAUGAUUAUGCACCUGCAUCAAGUGUAUUGUUACCACGUAGUUGACUGUUGGUAAACCUAGCCUCGCAUCCAUUGAUACCCGGAUUUUGACAAAGUUUAAGUGACACCUGUCGCUGCUUUCUGUUCUUCGCUUAGAACGACAUAUAAUCCUCCCUUAAACCACAGCCCAUCAUGGCCUCGAAAGCCAUGUGGGAAGUUGAUCCCGAAACUAGAUCGAAACUGUUGGCUAUUCAAAAGACGAAUAAUAAUAACAUCUGCUGCGAUUGCAAUGCCCCGAACCCACAAUGGGCAUCCCCCAAGUUCGGCGUCUUUAUAUGCCUGUCCUGCGCCGGUGUUCAUCGGGGCCUAGGUGUCCACAUCUCCUUCGUCCGAUCCGUUACAAUGGAUGCCUUCAAGCAGGCCGAGAUCGAACGUAUGCGCCUCGGUGGUAAUCAAGGGUGGAGGUCAUUCUUCGAGCAGCACGAGGACACCAAGAUGCGCGGCCUAAGCUGGGACGAUGCUACUAUCGCAGAGAGGUACAGCGGCGAGGUGGGCGAGGAGUGGAAGGAGAGACUAGGCGCUAAGGUAGAGGGGAAAGAAUACGUACCCGGCGAGCGAAAACCUACACCCCAAUCCUCUACCGGCACCGCGAAGCCCGCCCCGAAGCAAAUCAGUAGGAGUGGAACACCUCUUCAGGGCGUGGCGACGAGCGGAAGCCGGGCAGCAAGUCCUAACCGGCCGGGUGUGAAGGCCAAGGUCGACGACGAGUACUUUGCGCGACUAGGAAAAGAAAAUGCGUCUAGGUCGGCAGACUUGCCGCCCAGCCAAGGUGGCAAAUACGCCGGAUUCGGAAACACGCCCAUGUCGCCUAAGAGCGGCAGCGGAGGAGGACUUCCUGAUUUCUCGGACGUGCAGAAGGACCCCGUGGCCGCGCUGACGAAAGGUUUCGGCUGGUUCACAUCGACAGUAAGCAAGACAGCGAAAGGAUUCAACGAUGAUUUCAUUCAGCCCACGGCUAAGCAGAUCUCAGAAUCAGAAUUUGCAGCACAGGCGAGAGCAACGGCAGGGAACGUAGGCAAGGCAGCACAGGCUGGCGCAAUGACGGCACAGGAACGAUUUAACCAGUUCGUCGAGGGGUCUAAUGGUCAGGGCCAGAGAGGGGCCCCGAUCGACGAGAGUAAGAAGGCUUUCUGGGACGACUUCUCCGCCGUGGCGGAUCAGCGACACGGCACCGGCCCUAAGUAUAGCUCCGUCGGAACGUCAGCCAUGGGUAGGGGCGGUAAUAAGAAUGCGUCGACGCCGGCCAAGAAGGACGAUGAGUGGGACGAUUGGUAAUGAUGUGAUGAGCUAGGGUUGGUGACAAGUAGGCAUAGGUGCAUAGGUGAGUGAGGUGCUUAUAUGAUUAUCGUGGUGUACGAACUAUACCUCUCAAUGACAGAUACGAUGCAAGCUGUACAAUUAUGUCACCUAGAUGGAGUUUUGGGUAGCGUCUAGUAUAAAUAUCUAUGUUUAUUAGAAUCAAUAAAGGGGUUUAGAAUGUC